CCAGCGGGGUGUCGGCCACGUGACCCCGGCAGCGUCGUCCGUCUGUGCGUGCGCGGGCUGGGCUGGCGGUCACGAGGAGGCGGGAGCGACGGGGCCGAGCGGCAGGGAGGUGACGCCUGCGACGCGAGGGAGGCCACCGUGCGGUCUGCAGACUUUGCUGCAGAGCGCCAUCAGCAGCCGUGAGAUGGCGGAGGAUAAAGCCAAGGGGGAAAAUGUGAAAAGCGAAGGAAAUGACCAGAGGAAUGAUCAUAUUAACCUGAAAGUGGCUGGACAAGAUGGGUCAGUUGUACAGUUCAAGAUAAAGAAGCAAACGCCAUUGAGUAAGCUGAUGAAAGCAUACUGUGAGCGACAGGGCUUGCAGAUCAGACAGAUCAGGUUUCGAUUUGACGGGCAGCCGAUAAAUGAAACUGAUACACCGGCUAUGUUGGAAAUGGAAGAUGAAGACACCAUUGACGUAUUCCAACAGCAGACGGGAGGAAUCUGCUAACCUCAGUAAUUUAAUGUAAAUAAUGUUCCACACAAUGUACAUGUUCUUUCAAUGGGCUGUAUUUUACUCUAUUCUGAACAAUCUGCAAUAUUUGGGAUGUUAAGGUGUUAGAGGAAGGGGUUGUUUAAAGAGCUGUGUGCCAUCUUUGCAAUAUAUUUGCUUUUCUUUUUGCAUUGUUUUACUUUCUGGAAACAGUUUUUGUUUUCUUUGUAUUUUGGAUUAAUCCCAAUAAAGUUGAUCUUGUAUGUACAAUGUUUGUUUUGCAUGGAUGUUUGACCUCUCUUUACAAAUACCUUUUUUUUCAGGGACUUGGUGGUACUUAAUAUUGAUCUUCCAGUAUUAUACCACAAAUCUCUGUUGUGUUUGAUACUGUGGGAACAACAUUAAUAUACUAACCUGUUUCCCAUCAUUACUAAUACCAGUGGAGCUGAGAAUUUCUGUGAUCAUAACCUCCAGAGGUAUUAGCUGCAAAAUUGUGAACAGAAUGUCACUCUAUGCUUCCAUCAUUGCAGUAAUAUAAUGCCAUCUGAUUUUGGUUUGCUGAUCUGCAGUAUGUGACCAGUGAGGUCAUGUUGUUAAGAAAUACUUUUCCAAGCUUCUGUGCCCGCACAAUUCACCAAACUAAUAGGAAAUAAGAAAUAUACCAAUAUGUUAGCUAGAGGGAUGGGAAGCUUUGCUUUUCAGUGUGAAAUAGAAAACAUUAUUCAGAUGUUUCUUCCCUGCCUAAAACAAAUACCAUUUUUAUCCUUGCUGUAUCCCCUGUUGGGAAAACUCUACAAUAGUCAAACAGGGAUGAUAGUUGUAGAAAUUGGAUUUCUGUUGGAAAUGGACUGAGUUGAAAGGAAAGGUGACGAAUGCUUUGUGUAAUAUGGGUCUUUGAUGUAGGGGACGAGAGGAAAGCAAGGCAGUUGCAGAAAAAACAUUGAGUUUGGAGUCUUCCCUGUGCCCCACUGGGCUGCGUGCCCAUUUCUCCCCUUCCCCCUCACCCUGUCCUCUUCCCCCUAUCUUUCCCUGGCUUCACAAUUCACACCCCUCCAUCCAUGUCUCUGUAUCUUUUCACCUCUGAUGGUCCAGCCAUCUGCCAAUCAACCCCCUACCCCUGCAUGCAUCCACCUAUUACUUGCCAGGCUUUGUCCUGUCCCCAGUUCUCUACCAACUUUCUCCACCACCCCUUCCCUGAACCAAAACAUCACCUAUUCAUGUUCUUUGGAGAUGCUGCCAGACUCGCUGAGUUACUUGAGCAUUGUGUAUUUUUUGGAGUAUAUUUUGUUGGUCAGGACAAAAGUAUUUUAACUACCCAGAGGAUCAAUAAAAUCCACCAUAAAAUUAAUGGAAAGGUGUUGGCCUCAAGUCAACAUUUAUGGGCUAUUCCUGGAUGUAAGGUUAGUAAGAGUGUGAUUAUUGGGAAGAUCAGCAAAAAGAUGGGUCUAUUUGGAUUACUGCCAUGAUGGAGUCACUAAGGUGGUGAUCAACAUAUGCAACAAAAUAGCAAUGUAUUUUUAAGUUAUAUCCAGGAAUGAGACAUUUCAACCUAUCAUUGACCUUGCAAAUCAUACUGCACAUUUUUGGUUCGCUGUUUUACGAUUUUAACCUCUUUGCCUCAUUCAAUCCAUGGGAUGGGUCUGCCUGGCCUUUGAGCACCUGUCCCCAUAAAUCUGAGGUCCAUUUCUGGCCAUACCAGCUGCCCCAAAUGUUGGCUUGUCACAAGUUCCUGGGACCCCCAACUCCCUAAAGGGGGUGAGUCAUGUCAUCUGGUAGAAACAUAAUGGGAGAAGUGUUAUGGAGGCAGUGGUUACAGAUGGAUAACUAUUCACCAACCUACCCAUGGGGGAAGAAAGGUGCAAACAAGUAGCUUUUUCAUAAGUGUAUGAGCUACCUGUGAUUGGGUUUACGCAGUGGCACAGCAGUAGAAUUGCUGCCUUACAUUGCUGGAGACCAGACUUCGAUCCUGACUACAGUUGCUGACUGUUCAGAGUUUGCACGUUCUUCCUGUGACUGCAUGGGUGCUCUGGUUUCCUCCCACAUUCCAAAGAUGUGCAGGUUUGUUGGUUAAUUGGCUUCUGUAAUUGUAUUUAAUGUGUAGGAUCGAGCUAGUGUAUGAGUGGUCGUUGGUCGGCGUGGACUCGAUGGGCAGAAGGGCCUGUUUCUACAAAAUCUAAAACCAAAAUAACUUUUUUUUUUAAUUGCUUGACUGCAAUAAAAUAAGUUGUAAGUGGUUUUGACAAUAAACCUAACCUUCCCUGAAAUAAAAUUAUGUGCCAUUACA